AUGUGUUAUGAAGAACAUAAGAAGAAGUUCCCAGAUGAAAGUGUUCAGGUAACAGAGAUCAGCAAAAGGUGUUCAGAGAAGUGGAAAGUAAGUCAACCGUUAAAUUAAUAAUUAUUGUCUUUAGACCAUGAAAGAAGAAGAAAAGAAACGAUUCUACGAACUUGCACAGAAGGAUGCGGAACGAUACCAAGCUGAAGUUCAAGCUUAUGGAGGCGAAGAUUCGUUGAGGAAGAAGAAACGUCAAAAGAAAGACCCAAAUGCUCCCAAAAAGGCUCUGUAAGUUCAGUAUUUUAAUACUUAUUGUCGAUUUAGAUCCGCAUUCUUCUUCUUCUCAAAUGAGAAAAGGCCUCAAGUCCAAGCUGAUCAUCCUGAAUGGAAAGUGGGCCAAAUUGCACAAGAACUUGGCAAAUACUGGAAGAACUUAACAGAAGAAGAACGACAAGUAUAUGAACGAAAGGCAUCCGAAGACAAAGCCAGAUACGAUGAAGUAAGUUCUUUUAAACGUCACUUUUGUAAAUCUACUUUGUUAAAAAAUAUGUUACGAAAAUAGGAAAAUUUUAGUUAACAAAAAUGAAAAAAAAUAAACCCCAAACAAAUUUUUCUAGUUUAAAAACAAGUAAACAUAAAUGGUAAUGAAAUUUUUAGGUAACAAAUAUCAGUUUUGAAACUUUUUUUCAGGAAAUGAGGAACUACCGUGCCAACGGAGGUGGAGCACCGUCAGGGAUCUAA